UAUGCCUCCUACAUCCUGUCAGCCAUACAGCACGCGGCGGAGAGCCGGUUGGCUGGCUGGGGUUGUUAUGUAAUCUACGCCAUGGAGGAGGGCAGGCAGGCUCUCUCUCUCGAAUGUUUGGUACGAUCCAGGUCUGGCAGCUCGCCCUCAUUCGCUCUCAUUCACGGCUAUUGGCACGAGGACUGCAUGUGUGCAACCAGGACGCAGCCUUCAAAGCGGCAGGAGAUGGGCGCACCAAGACAUAAGCUGCAGCGCUUCAGCCCGGCGCUCGACUGCGGCAAACGGAGGUGCAGCACCCCCAAAGCGAAGACGUGCAGCUUGGGCGCUUGUCGAGCGUCCAAUGAGCGCGUGGGCGGGGACUUCAGAGACAGGCGAGACACUGGAAAAGGGAGGGGAAGGGGGCCAGAGAGAGAGAGGAGGGGAGGGGAGAGAGCCCAGACUCAGAUGCGGCGGCUGUGCGCGGAUGGGAUGGUGUGUGAUGUGAUGGGAGGGAUGGGAAUCGCGGGGUUCGAUUUGCUGCUAGGUGGGGGUUUGCAAUCCACAUCCUGAGACCCGUUUCCUCUCCUGACAAGUCAGCCGGACGGUAUGAUGGAUGGCCGGGUGAUGGGGUUGCUUGCCAUCGAGAUUCCAGGUUGUUGAGUUGAUGCUUUCGAAAUGACACCUGAUUUCCCUCCUGGCAGAGAGCAGAGAGCAGAGAGCUUCCAGCUCGGCACGAGGCGGCGAUGGUGAGGGGU